AUGAUGAAUCGCUACACCACCCUGAAGCAGCUGGGUGAUGGCACCUAUGGCAGCGUGCUGAUGGGAAGAAGCAACGAGUCUGGAGAACUGGUGGCUAUCAAGAGAAUGAAGAGAAAGUUUUAUUCAUGGGAAGAAUGUAUGAACCUAAGAGAGGUCAAGUCACUGAAGAAGCUUAACCAUGCGAAUGUGGUGAAACUGAAGGAGGUAAUCAGAGAGAACGAUCACCUCUACUUUGUCUUUGAGUACAUGAAGGAGAACCUCUACCAGCUUAUGAAGGACAGAGAGAAUAAGAAGUUCUCAGAGAAUGAAAUUAGGAACAUCAUGUUUCAAGUGGUAACUGGGUUGGCUUUUGUACAUAAGCAUGGUUUCUUUCAUCGAGACAUGAAGCCAGAGAAUUUGUUGUGCAUGGGUCCAGAACUGGUCAAAAUAGCAGAUUUUGGACUGGCCAGAGAGAUCCGCUCCAAACCUCCCUACACAGACUACGUAUCAACCAGAUGGUACCGAGCUCCAGAGGUCCUCCUCAGGUCCUCUACCUACAGCUCUCCUAUUGACCUUUGGGCUUUGGGCUGCAUCAUGGCUGAACUCUACACUCUCAGACCUCUUUUCCCGGGGAACAGUGAGGUGGAUGAGAUCUUUAAGAUCUGCCAAGUCCUAGGAACCGUCAAAAAGACGGAUUGGUCGGAGGGCUACCAACUAGCAUCUGCUAUGAACUUUCGCUUCCCUCAAUGUGUGCCGACCCACCUGAAGACCCUCAUCCCUAAUGCCAGCAAUGAGGCCAUUGCCCUGAUGAGGGACAUGCUGCAGUGGGACCCCAAAAAAAGACCCACUGCUGUACAGGCUCUGCGUUACCCAUACUUCCAGGUAGGCCAGAUCUUAGGGCCUCGCCCUCAGAGCCAGGAGGUCAAGAAGGUCCAGGCCAGGCCGCCUACUCAGAAGCAGGUCUCGGAGUCCAAGGCUGAUCCUCAGCAGUCUUCCUCUGAGUCCAAAGCCUCCACAUCCUCCUCCAGGAACCAACCUCAUCAACCUCUUCAGCAGAUCCCCCUUCCCCAAACUGAGAGUAAACCAGGAGGCCCUAGCCAUGCAAAAGCAGUACCGCCGGGCAGUGAGAACAGCGUUGGUGAUAGUGGGAUGGGGGCCCUGAAGAGUGGCCGUCGUCGCUGGGGCCAGACUGUGGCCAAGACCUCAGAAAGCUGGGAGGAAUCUGACCCGUCAGAAACCGCCGCCUCCAACUCCAAGAAACUCAGCCUGGGGAACGCAGAGGAGGAGGGGAGUCUGAAGGAGCACCGCCCACAGCCCAAGGAGCAGAAACCUCUGUAUUCCUUCAGCACAGUCACUAAGCUACCCAACAAUGUUAAGAUUGGCCAAAUGGACUCUAAUCUCCCAGGAUCUGCAGCACGGCAGCACUAUCUGAGCCAGUCACGAUACUUGCCAGGGUUGAUCGGCAAGAAUCAGACUUCUGGAGAUAAGGAGUUCAGUGGUUUGACGCUGCGGGACUUGUGGGAGAACUCCUCAACCACCGUAAAUAAACCGCUCGCUCCUAUUGGAGGAGGAUUAUCUGUCAACAGAAACAACGCAGAAGAGAGUGCUUCUAAUAGUGAGGCUAGCCCACCCGAGAAAACUGUCGUGAAAGAAAGAAUACUGGAGAAAAUCGAUCUCUCCAAAGGGAACUUUGUAAGCACAAAAUACAACCUCUCUGGCGGUUAUAUCCCUUCAUUCCAAAAGAAAGAGGUGGGCUCAGUGGGGCAGAGAAUCCAGCUUGGCUCUUUGGCUGGCCAGCACACAAUCAAUCUGUCUUCUUCUCCUGAUAAUAAAAAAGAGAAAUCGAAAUCUGCAAAGCCCAAGCCCAUGUCCAACUCAUCUUUGAGCGAAACUAAUGAAGAUUACGAGGGCUGGAAGAAGAGGGCAGACAGGACUCAGAUGAAGGGGAGCAGCUACUCAGCACUGGGGAAAACUUCUGGGAAUCUCAUGACCAGAGCUCCCCCCGUGCAGCCUGUCCACGGCAGGGUGGACUGGACAUCCAAAUACGGUGGAAAUCGGUAG